AUGCCGACGGUGAGCGUCGGCCGGGACCGUCUCUUCGCCGCCCUGGGUCGGACCUACACGCAGGAGGAGUUCGAGGCGCUCUGCUUCGAGUUCGGCAUCGAGCUGGACGACGUGACGACGGAGAAGGCUAUUAUCAGGAAGGAGAAGCACCUCGAGGACGACGGCGAGGUGGACGACGAUGACGAGGUCAUCUACAAGAUAGAGGUCGCCGCCAACAGAUAUGAUUUGCUAUGUCUUGAAGGAUUAGCAAGAGCUCUUCGUGUUUUCACGGGGACUGAAGCAAGCCCUGUAUUCCAAGUUUCAUCCAUUCCUCGUGGUUCAAUUCUUCAGAUGCAUGUUAAACCAGAGACUUCAAAAAUUAGACCAUAUGUAGUUUGUGCUGUCCUAAGAGGGGUAACUUUUGAUGAAGCAAGAUAUAACAGCUUCAUUGAUCUUCAAGACAAACUCCACCAAAAUAUCUGCCGGAAGAGAACUCUCGUUGCUAUUGGUACCCAUGAUCUGGACACUCUGCAAGGACCCUUCUCAUAUGAGGCUCUACCACCACAUGAAAUCAACUUUGUCCCAUUAAAGCAGGAGAAAAGCUUCAGAGCUGAUAAACUGAUGGAAUUCUAUAAAUCAGACAUGAAACUGAAGAAGUUCUUGCAUAUAAUUGAGAAUUCAACAGUGUACCCAGUUAUCUAUGAUAGCAACAGGACUGUAUUAUCAUUACCUCCUAUCAUCAAUGGUGCGCAUUCAGCUAUCACCCUUGCAACAAGGAAUGUCUUUAUUGAAUGUACAGCUACUGACCUUACCAAAGCAAAUAUAGUGCUGAAUACAAUGGUUACCAUGUUCUCUGAGUAUUGUGAGACUAAAUUUGAAGUGGAACCUGUUGAAGUGGUACAUCAUGAUGGCAGGAAAACAGUUUACCCUGAUCUUUCAUGUUACAAAAUGGAUGUUUCAUUAUCUGACAUUCUUGGGCCUAUUGGCAUCUCCCAGGACGAGAAACAUGUUGUCUGUCUUUUGAAUAAAAUGCAACUGCAAGCUGAAAGUUACUCAUUGAAGGGGGAGCCUCGCAUUUCAGUGUCUGUUCCUCCAACAAGAAGUGAUAUUCUGCAUGCCCGUGAUUUGUCGGAGGACGUUGCUAUAGCUUAUGGAUUCAACAAUGUGCCAAAAUCAAAGCCGAAGUGUAUGACAAUAGGAGGAAGGCAACCAUUAAACAGGUUCUCAGAUAAAAUUCGUGCCGAGGUUGCAAGAGCUGGUUAUAUGGAGGUGCUCACAUUUAUCUUGUCUUCACACGAAGAAAACUUUGACAUGUUAAACAGAACAGAUGAUAAAAGUAAAGCAGUCAUUAUCGCAAACCCUCGCACUUCUGAAUUCGAGGUUGUUAGAACUAGUCUGAUGUCGUGUUUAUUGAAAACACUGAAACAUAAUAUAGACCAUCCAAGACCUAUAAAGAUUUUUGAAGUUGGUGAUGUUGUGAUGCUGGACUCGUCACGUGAUGUUGGUGCCUCUAAUAAUCGCAGGCUUGCAGCUUUGUACUGCAAUAGGGUUUCUGGAUUUGAGGAAAUUAUGGGAUUGGUCGAUAGUAUUGUCAAAGUUGUCAGAGCUCCGCAUGUCAACUUUGGCGAGAAUUACUAUGUACCUACAGAUGAACCUGAGUUCUUCCCGAAAAGACAAUGUAAAAUUGUUACAAGUGAUGGCAAGCAAGUUGGCUACUUAGGAAUUGUCCAUGCUGAGGUGCUAAGGAAAUUUGGCAUUCCGGAUCCCUGCACUUUCGUUGAGAUGGACCUUGAAGCACUGUUGUAA